UUCAGAACGAACAUGUUUUAACUGGGUGAACGUUGUAGCAGGGAAUAAGGGAUGUUUAAAGUUGAUCCUAGAGAGAGCGACAAUGAAAUAGCUGCACCGUUUAUAGAGAUUGCUGAAAAACAUCUGAGGAUCGACGUCGCUUCAUUGGAGUCGUAUUACAAUACUUUGUAGAGUCUUUUAUGCUGUUUCAUUCCCGUUAUCGAGCCAGGUGUUAUUUUUUAAACAUCAGAUCAUUUUGGAAAAUAAAUGGCUGGCAGGGCUUCACUCGGUCGCCAUGGGUUGCGAGGGCACGCAGGGAGAUCUACAGCUUUGGCUCGGCUUCUUCAUGAGGAAUGCAUACAGCUUCUAGAGUUAUACAGAAAACGUGAAUCCCUGCCGUCCUCACCAGUUGCAGGGGAUUAUUUAGUAUCUGUUCCUCCCCUGGUCCCUCAGAUGUCAGAUGCAGAAAAAAUAUCUAUCCUGCACGCUGCGCUGAAGGAGUGUCUGCGGCUUCUGGAAGAUGUCAUCACCCGCGAGGACGUAGAGUUUUCCGAGGAAAAGGGAGAAUAUACGAGACAGAGGACAACUGUGAAGGAUCGUCUGGGCCACCUGUUGGUGAGCACAGAGCGACUUCUAGUGGAUGGCCGGAGAUUUGAAGCUGCAGUCAAAGAGGAGCUGGAUGGCAGUGGGAAAUUUGGUUUGAAGAUGUGGAUUUUGAGAGUGCUGCAGGAUCUUGUGCACUGGACUGGCCAAACAUCAAACACCCUCAACCAGCUGCCUGUGGAGGUGGAGAAAGCAACAAAAAGGAUCUCCCAAAGGACAAGCAGAGUGUCUAGGAAAACAAGGAAUUGAGACUGGAUAUGUGACCAAAAAGUAAUGCAAGGGUGGCGCAGAAGAGCAUAUGAUAAUAAUGAGGAAGAAUUUCAUUACAGCAUAGUGAAUGUAGAAAGUGAGGAGGCCUGUGAAUACAGAUAUUAGAAUUCACCAUUCCAGAAAUGCAGAGAUUGAUAUUAUUUUAUAAAAAUGAUUGUAAUUUACAUAUUUAGUCUUAGUGUUUUUUAUUGUUUAAAUAUGAAUAAUUAAUGAGUCAUUGAUGUUUAAUAGUAACAGAUGUUAAUAUAUUCUGAAAUAAAUUAAAAUUUGGUUUCAUUACAUGUUAUGCUUAUUUACUGUAAGCCAAGACCAAUUGUGUAAAAUUAACAAUUACAGUGGAUGUCCUCAUUUACACAUAGGCCUUGUGUUUGGCCUGGAAUGGAAAAUAUAUCUAGAGUAAAAUAAUUUCUAGCCUGCUGAACAAAUCUAAAUCAUUGAUAUCACAAAUGUUUGUAAAUCAAUGUAACUGUAUACAUUUAUUGUUCGAAGUUGAUUUCCUGCACCCUGAAAAUUGCCUACUGUACACACCAACUUUUUUUGCUAUCUUCAACAGGCUACUUCUUUAUAUUUAUCAUAAAAGUUUUUUCAUUCUUUUAGAUGUAACAUGUAACAUCUAUUUGAGUUUGUUAGGAUUAUUUUCCUCAUUCUCUCCAGAUUAAUGAAAGACUCAUGCCCUCUACUGGCUACAUAAAAUACUGUUUUUAUUCCAGGUCAAGUUGUCAGAUGUGACUUACAGGAAGGUCUAAAUUCUCAAACACAAAACAUUUUUUACAUUAGCUGUAAUUGUCAUGCAUGUACACUGCAUUUAUUAUGUGCUAUGUCUACUCAAAAUCUGUAUCCUAGUGAGCAUGGGCAGGCCGUUGACUUAGGUCAUGUACUGUAUGGAGAUGAUGAUUGUAGAGGCAGAGCUCUGUUGGUGGACAGAAAAAACGGUUACUGUGUGAAGAGUAUUAAAACUGUAAAGAAAAACAGAGAACUUGUCAUUUAAUAAUGUAUUAUUUAUGUAUGCAUUUUCAGACAUGCACUGCAAUAAAUGGCAA